UGGCGUGAUCACACCGCCAGGUUUGUAACCACCACCGGCUUCGCACCGUCAAGAAAGAAUCCAUUUCGUUCAGGCAAUAUCUAUUGUUAGCCUUGUUGCCGGCAGGAAUAUUUCCCAACAGACGAAGAGCUUUGUCUUUGAGGACACACGCAAGUUCUCUGCCAAAGAGCGGCGUCAAGAAGAGAGCCAGCCUACCUCCCGAUGUCAUCAUCCCAGAGCGAGGGAGCCAAAGACUUCCUCGAUAGGUUUGUCACCUUCGUCGCUGGCACCUACCGCAACGACAAGUGCAUCAAGCUGCUGGGGUACUCCUUAUCUACGAUCGCUCAGAUUAUUCGAUACCGGAAUGGUGGAAAGGACACCCGAAGAUCAGAGGGUCUUAACCAGCUGUAUGGGGCCCUGUCCUCAGCCCGCGUGAUUUUUCGGAUGCAGGGCACGGCUGAGGCCGUGUGGGAGCUAAAGCACCUGUCCGGCGCAGACGGGUGGGACGAUGUCAGGAUCCGACCGUUGGCGCGACUGCAAGCCUUGACCAAUGUGUUUUACCACCCGAUGGAGGAAGUCGCUCUGGCGGGGGGCAUCGCACCGAAGCUCUUUCCGGUGGACCAGGCGUGGUGGUGGGCGAGAUCUGAUUGGGCAUGGCUUGCCUUCUGCAUCAUCGACAUGUACAUGAACGUGCUCAAGGGGAGAGAGCUACGGAGGCGAGAGGAAGGCGUACGGAAAAAACUCAGGGAUUGUGCGGAAUCUGAGACCGCCGGGCUGCGACAAGCGCUGUCCCAGAUCGCCGCGAGCAAGAGACAAGUGGCGUUGCAGCAAUUGCGGAUGGUGUUCUACCUUCCCAACGCCGUUCACUGGGCGUUCAUUAAGCCCCCUGUGCACCCGCUAGUCGUGGCCGCGCUGGGCUUGGGGGAGGCAGCGGUUGGAGUGGUCCAGGCUUUCCCGCCUGCGAGUCGAUAGGUUUUUUGCCACGGUUGUGUGUGUGGAUGGCUCGUUGGGUGUGUGUGGGGUGCUUGUUGCGAGAACCCCACAAGAGAGCGGGACGGGCCCGGCUACAUAGCGAUCUCCAAAAUGUGUGAGGUAAGACAAUUCUGGCACUAGGAGCGGGACUGACGCGGACGUCGUGGUUUGCGCUACUAUGCAUACAUCCGAUGGAGCGACGCCUUCGGAAGUUUCACUGAUGUUCUUUUUUGUCCCGAUUCCGGUGGCGCCGGGGAGACUGAGCAGGGGUGUUCAUCAGUGUUUUUGACAAGGUCUUCGUGGGGUGUAACUUCUUGUUGGCUCAUACUUAGUAUACUCUAGUGUGAUAUUUCUCGGGUUACUGUUACUUUGCCGUGGACGUAUGGUGAUUUUCUUGUUCCUCACAGAUUGACACAGCUGUAUGUGUGUACCCGCGUUAUUCGUGAAGUGUGACCAUAACCUGCGGUAUUUCAAGACCUCGAGGCUUUGAAAACUAUCCAUAUCGUAGGUCUCGAGGCGGUGUUGGCGCUGCACCAGUUUCUGGGGCACACAAUGGGGCCGCGUUGAAGGUAGUCUUGAACUGCCAUUCGAUUCUCUCUCUACCGCUUUCUGUACAUAUGCUGGUGAGCUGAUCUAGAAAAAUUUGUUUUUGGUGCACAUUUCGUAAACCGAUGGCACUCCAUUGCGUUGGGUGGGAGCACAUUUGUGGUCCCCCAGGUUUAGGCUAUUGUGGCGCGGAAGGGGUUCUGAAAGCGUGAGUGGGGGGUGACAAGCGCGGCUGCGUCUAACUUCUUUGAGAGCAGGCAGGCGUCGUAAGCACGAACACUGUAUGAUCGUGGGUGUGUUCCUGGAUAGGUUUGACGGUGUCAUGAUUGCAAAACGGGGUGCCCCAUGUGUGUUGCCGUAUCCCCUGCCGCUGCUGUGAGCUUGCAAUCAACGAGCUGCCUCUGUUCCUCAUUGAAAAAUCUCGACCAGCAAGUGUA